CAGGCGUCAGCGAGUUACAAGCAGUAUGGCGGCCCCCAUGAGCAGUGUGGGUAAAUCCUCAGCUGAACGUUCACCGUUCAAUACUACGAGUUUUCAGAAGAAAACGAGGAGCAAGUUAAUCUCCAUACCUGGUACCAGACCCUCGGUUCAAAAUGGACAACUCUUAGUUUCGACCGGUGUCACGUCACUCGACUAUCUGCUCGGUGGCGGGUUAGCAGUUGGAACAGUACUUCUCAUAGAGGAGGACCGAUAUGAAAGCUACUCUCGUAUGAUCUUAAAGUACUUCCUGGCAGAAGGAGUGGUGUGUCGACAUGAACUUUUUGUGGCGGCAGCUCAAGAUAACCCAGAUGACAUUUUACAGGAACUCCCGGCUCCCAUCUUGGAUGAUGUUGCUAUCCAUAAACCCGUGGAGCAGCCCAGGCUGUCUUGUGAAGCUCAGAACAGUUUGGAUGCCAUGAAGAUUGCCUGGCGUUAUCAGAAUCUUCCAAAAGUACAGAGUGCCCUGGCAUCCUCAUCCCGGUUCGGGCAUUACUAUGACGUCUCUAAGACUAUGGAGCCAGAAAUUCGCCAGGCAGCCAAGUGCCAUCGCUUCUACCCUACAGAACAUCCCACCCAGUCAUCACCCACACACAGUACUAUGCCCGAGUCCUACUCUGCGUUGCUGAAGUCACUUCAAGAGGUCAUACACAGGGAGGGCUUUGAUGUAGCAGCCCCUAUGUCAAAGUCACGUAACAUCCUGCGAAUUGGGCUUCACUCUCUUGGCUCGGCUCUGUGGGGUGAUGACCUGUGUUGCCAUGACAACCCUAGAAAUGGCCACGCUCUCACUACCUUUCUCUAUGGACUGCGUGCUUUGCUGAGGUCAUCGCUGUCAGUUGCAGUAGUUACUGUGCCUUCACAUCUCAUCCAGGACAGAGCUCUAAUGGGCAGCAUAACCAGGCUAUGUGACAAUGCCAUAGCCCUGGAAUCAUUCAAAGGCUCUGAGAGAGAGACCAACCCACUCUACAAAGAUUACCAUGGUCUUCUACAUGUACGCCAAGUACCUCACCUGAACUGUCUGGCGAGUAAACUCCCUGACCACAAGGACCUGGCCUUUAAGCUCAAGAGAAAACAGUUCAGUAUUGAGAUCAUCAAGCAUCCUUGGGUGUGUACUCGAGGAUCCUGCAUAUUUCCUGUACAUUCUUCUCAGGCACAGAGACUGCAUUUGCCUCCAGACUUGUCUGAAACGGUGAGUCGUGUGAGCAGGGGGGAGCUGGCCGGAGCGGUCAUGGUGGCUUCGGGCUGUGGCACUGGCACUUCCGGCAACAAACACCUGGACUUCUAGCGCUCCCACACAGUAGCCAUGGGCAACCAACACCUGGAACGCCGCGGCGUUGUCCUCUUUACCGUGGCGACCAGGUUGUUCCCUCGCCCACGUUAUGUCAACCUCGAUAACCCUGCCAGACAUUACCACCUGUCAACUGUCCCAGCCAGGGGUGAAGAUCUAAACAUCCCCAGUACCUCAUCUCAUAACGGACACAUUUCAUCCUAUAUUUUAUAUUUUCUUUUUUAUAUAAACCUAAAGUACACUCUGUGUUUUUCUCUGACAGUUUGCUUUUUUCCAAUGUAAGUUGAAAAUAAUGUGAGCCCUAUGGUAUUUUCAAAAUGUUAUAUGAAGGUAUAUGAUUGGCAGAUUGACUAUUACUUAACCCAAUUAAAAUCAAAGAUGGAAGGCUUAUUUAAGAUGUUGUACAUUUGUUUGUUUUUUGUUGUUGCCCAUUCUCUGGGGAUUUCGCUUACAAGUAAAGUGUAAUAAUUUUUUUUGUCUUCACAGACUCUCACUCAUGGCAAACAUUAAAUAAUUUAGCUGUUUCCCCCUAGCUCCGAGCGUACUGUACAAACAUAAGUGGCCACUCCUAACUAGCUCCACUAUGUACAAUAGUAAAGUCAAAUAUUUUCUUGGAUAAUGCAAUGAAAUGUGCUUUUGUUAAGGUAAAUAAAAGAAAAGAAAUACAAAGUA